AUGGAAUACAUCGAGGGAAGUGCUCCGGCACCCCCUGACGGAGAAUCAAGCCUCCCGGGGCCACUGGCUGCUCUCCUGGAUGCCUGCGCGGCUUCCAAAGACAGUUUCAGUUUUGGCGCCCCAAAAGGCCUUUCUAAAGGCCACUUUGAACUUUCUUCGGAAAGUCAUUCUGAAGCCCGGACUGCGGUUCCUGCUGCCCCAGCGACCUCCCACGGCCCGUUGGAGACCAGGAGCAGCCUGCCAGCACCCGCUGCCCAGCCUGCGGCGAAGUUGAAAAACUUCGCCCAAAAAGGCCUUCUUAAAGGCCACUUUAGCCGAUCUGCGAAGACCGGCCCAGUGACCCGCCCGACGGUUCCUGCCGCCACGGGGUGCUUCCCAGGACACGAGGAGGCCACCCUGACCCUGCCCGAGUCAACUACAGCGACAGCGGCGAUGUUCAGCGACAUCGCCAAAAAAGGCCUUAUUAAAGGCCACUUCAGCCAAUCGGCGGAUUCCGGCACUGCGGCCUGCCUGACGACUCCAGCUACCUCAGGAGCCUCCCCUGGACUUCAGGAGCCAGUCCAGACUCCUCCGAUGGCCGCUGCCCUGCCUUCUACGGACUUAGCAGUACAAGGUAAUUAUAGCCUUCCACAAGGCAAUAACCCACCUGGGACAGGAGAUCAGGGCCCAGGUGUAGUCCGGAAUACCCCGGAGACCAGCCAUGGUGCGGUCACAAACGGCCAGGGAGCCCUGAGCCGGUCGGACGUCUGCUCCGCAAACUCAAUGCCGAACAGGCAGGCGACGACCGACUCAGCCCUUCCCUCCAAGUGCCGUAGAACGGCGGGCGAUGAGAUGGAGGUUGUGAGAGAGCCUCGCAUCCCGCCCGUUGUUCUUGGUCCCGAAAGGGUGGGCCAGUCAUGCCGUCACCUUGAGGCAGCUACUGAGUGGCGACCUGGAGGCGGUGUGUACAGCCAGGACUCUUCGUCUGAAGACGUCGACGGUGGCCCACUUCAGGGCUCUCCAGCGAUAUCUCCAUGGCGAGGGGAUAUUAUUCCACACCUUCUCGCUCGCCAGCGAGAGGCUGCUGAAGGUUGUCAUCAAGGGUCUGCCUUCCACUCUGACGUCUGA